AUGCAAAGGCAGGACGACCCUCGCCGCUCAGAUCAAGCCUACGAUGCGUACAGCCAACCGGUGUCGUCGAGGCAUGGGGCUGCCUCGUCCUUCAGGUCGUCGCUAAGCGAUGCCCUGUGCAUGCCACCUCCAGGUGCAACGCCCAAAGCGACUACCAGCUCGCAGCGUACAGGGCACGGGACCGAAGCCGCCGGCUCGAGCAUUGGCCAGACGGCUCAGACGCCGAUCGGUCCGUCACUUCGAGCGUACCGGCACUCCCACGGCCGCGCAUCUGAUACAGGCCACACGGCCCGGUCAGGAGUGCGUCAUGCCUCGUCGGCCGGCCUUGAGAGCAUGUACAGCCUUUCGCUGGCCGGACACGAGGCGUUCGCCACAUCGCCCGACCAUGGCGGGCCACAGCCAUGGACGCGGCAAGACCAAAACCAUGCCACUGCGGGACAGUGGCUCCCGCACCCUCAUCACACGACUCGAGAUUCGACCAUGUUGCUUCCCUUUAAUAUCGAGUCGGCCACGUCCCUGCUCGCCCCGCCUGCUGGAGGCGUGCCUCCAGCAUCAAUCAGACCUCUGGCCGACUCCGGCAUGCCUGCAUCAUGGGCCGAGGCGAAUAAAGCCACCGAAGCGGAGCUCAGCUCGUCGAUCCCGAAGCAGGGCCGACAUGGCCAUCUCACGCCAGGCCGUCCGGAACGGCCCAUCAUGUUUGAGCCGGCAGCGACCCUUCGAUCCCAUCCCAGCUACGCAGAAGCCCAGCUGCAACAACAGCAGGCACCGCCUGGGCCCUUCGGCAGCUUCUGCCAUAGCACUAAUCUUCACCUCGCGGGGGCCUUUGGCGAGGACACCCCUGCUACGUCUACGAGAUUCCAGCACACACCACAGCAGACCAGAUCGGCCUCUCCGAGCCAGUGGUCUCCAGCCUACACGUCGCCAACCUUUUCGGCCGUCGCCACCGAGCGGGGCUCGCUCGGAUCGGCCUUCGCGUACCAGACACCCAGCAUGCGUGAGCAGGCGCUGCCCGCCGACAACGCUCUCGACAGCGUGGGGUCGUACCGCAGCAGCCUGCACCAAGCCUCGCCGACCUUUCAUCGAAGCGCCGCCUCUGUCACCGCCCGACCGCUCGAGAUCAGCCCCCGAUCGGUGGUCGGCCCAUCGGCUGAGGGCGGACGUGAGAUUGGGAUGCAAGCAGUGCCUCUGGCACCAUCGUUUGGCUCCCUGGGGUCUGCUGCCAUGCAAUCUAGUCAACAAGAACGAGAGGGCGAGAUGCGCUUCGAAGCUGUUCCCCUGAUGCCUCUUCCACCGACGACACGGCGACCGGUCAGCGCGUCUUCGCUGCUCGCUGCCACGGCCAGGGUGUCGUUGCAGAGUCCACAGGUCAGCAUCAGCAGCCUCGAUGCUGCCAACAUGGUCCCGUCCAGCGCAGGUUCCACUCGCUCCUCGUACUCUUGGCUCGGCAACCUUUCGAGUGUCGAGCUUCAGCCUACUCCUUCAGAUGCCGCGGCCGUUGCCGAUCCAACGACGGGCGGCGAUUCCGCCUUGGCCCGAGAGCUGGGCUUGGGACUCGACCUGAUGCCCGAGGAGAGGGAUCAUGAGAUGAUCGAGCACCUCGCACCGGAAGCGCCGGUACAGCCCAUGGACGACGACGAUGUCGCGAUGCACGUCGACGAAAUGGGCCGCCUCACGUUCGGGAUGACCCAGCGACGAGGUUCGACGACGAGCGUCAGCACAGGCUCGCUCGGGUUCGACUCGGCGAGCAGCCGACCGCGCCACGGGCUGUGGCACCAGAGCGACGCCUCCUGGAUCACCGGCGACGGCAGCUGGCUAGCCUCGACUGGGCCGUCGUCGGUGGACAACUCGUUCCAAGAAGACUCGAUCGGCUCAGCCGCUGGCAAAGCCAUCAGAAAUCGCCUUUCCCUGCAGCAAGCACCGGUCUCGAGGUCAGCAGCGAGGCGAUCCACCAGCCGCCCGACAUCGUCGUCCGGCGUCACCGCUGCCGUGAUGCUGUCGCGCCCGCCGUCCUCGGACGCUCGUCCGUCGGACACGGCUCAGAGGCCAACGACGGGCGACUUCAGCGAGUUUGGCCAAUCCGUGCCCAUCGAGUCGAUGGCUGAUGAAAGAUGGCGGACCUGGCUGCGAGGGCGGGAUGCAUCCGAUCGCAGUGCGAGCGGGACGGCCCAGAGCCCGCCCAAUAGUGCGGCGGUUGAGCCGGCUCCGCCUUCGGCCACGCCGGGUCGGGCGAGGCUGAUGGUGGAACCAUACUCCAAAGCAUCCUCGAGGAACGCCCGGCCCAGCAGCGCGACGAGCACGAGCAGCAGAAGCUCGACGGGAGGCAUAGGCACCGUCGAUCUGGCGUCAACACCGUCCUCGGCUGGCCCAACGAGGCCGAGGUCGACGCUGAUGGCGACCGGCGCUUCUGUGCCGUCGCGGUCGACGUCGACCUCUCGAUCGUCGUUUUCGUCGGGCGCCGAUCGCGUCCAAGAGCGCAAGGCCUCGUCGGUCUCGGCGCUGCGUCGCGCUCGCGGCCUGUCGCAGAGCGGCCUGAGCAGCCUGAGCUCGAGUCGGAUCAUGGAGUUGAGCCGGUCUUCGGAUUCUAUGGAGCCGCGCAGGGCAAACAUGGCUGCUAUGCAGCGCGUGACGAGCCUCGACACUGGCAAGGCGGGCGCCCUCGGCACCUCGCAGCGCAACUGGAGCCGACCCAUGAGCCACCUACAGACCGAAGACAGCGCCUCGGCCUCUGCUACGCCCCCCGUGGACGUGGACGAGGAUCCCGCACCCGCUGCCUCGUCCACCUCGCCGCCCAAGGUAGGCUUCAACGAGGUGUCGGUUGCGCUCGACACGCUUCGAAUCUUUCUGCAUCAGAAGUCGGCCGUCAAUCGCCCGUCUUCGCGCGAGACGAGUCAGACGAGCGACUCGACGCCCAGCGACCACAGCAGCGGUGGCACCAUCGGCGUCCCGCAGCGGACUCUGCGUCGGGCAAAGGGCACACUGCCGCCUCGAGGCUCGGUCACCAUCAGCGAUGACGUCGAAGCAUCCCUCGCCAAGCCCGGCGGUAGCGGAGUCGGCGAGAGCAAGGCCAAGGCGGCCAAGGGCGUCGGGCAUGGCCGCGUUCAGAGCAUGGGCGCCCUGCCCCUAGCGGGAUCCAGCCGGGAACAGGACCGCCUGGCGGUCUUGCAGGACCUGUCGGAACGCAUCCGCCGUCUCAAAGAAGCUAGCGAGUCGGGCCGACACCCGCCCAGCGCCCGGCCCAAUGCCGUCGGCCAGAGCACGGCUCAUCCGGCAGCGGCGGCGGCGUCGUCGUCGUCGUCGCCAGCUGCACAUUCACCGCGUCGAGCGCAGCCCUCGCCUGCGGACCAGUCCCGACGCCAGAUGCACGAGGAAUUCCUCGCGGCAAGGGCGAGGCAGCGUUGA